GCGGUAUAUUUGAAGCACUCGUUACGCAGUUUUGAGAAAUACGGCGUGCUUUAUUGACAAGACUUAAACUUUACAAUUUGGUCUAGUUAAUCCUAAUUUCGUGUACAGCCUCUAUGUAUCUGGUCUACUGACUUUACAAUCUAAAUAGAUUAUAAAAAUGACUACUCGCAACCAACUGGAUCUUAAAAUUGGUGUGGAUGGUAUAAGUUGUACAGAUUUCUCAGUUGUCGAUGAUAAGAUUGUGCUUGCAGUUGGUACAUGCGAUGGGAGAGUUCGUUUUUUAGAUAUGAUUAUAUGGAUCAGUCAAAGUCGCUGUAUCAACGUCGUUGGCAUAAAACUAUUCGAUGCUUGUCGUUUUUUCCUUCAUCUCCAAAUUUAUUAGUCUCAGCUUCUAGUCAAAGUGGAAUAAAGAUACAUGACAUGACAACUGAACAACUGACAUGGAAGUGUCUUCAAGCUCAUGGAAAAUCGCCUAUAUCUAGCCUUUUAGUUCUGGAGCAUGGCCAGUGGCUUACUGGGGAUGAAGAUGGAGUAAUCAAGAUGUGGGAUUCCAGACAGUCUGAUUGUGUUUCAAGCAUGAUACCAAGUGAAGAGUAUAAAUUCGAUGAUCAGUUUAAUUCAAUCAAUGAAAUGGCUGUAUCGAAUGAUUCUCAUGGGACUCUGUUAGCUGCUAUUGAUGAUGGUACAUUAGCAGUCUAUAAUAUACGACGGAGACGUUUUGAAAUGGCUUCAGAAACACUUGGAUUUAGUGCUCGGAGUAUUUGUAUUGUUAAAAAUGAUCAAAAAGUGCUUGUCGGUACUGAUGAAGGUGUGAUUUGUGUUUUUAAUUGGAAUGAAUUCGGUAAUAUCUGUGAUCGUUUCCCUGUACAUCCAUUACGACCUUCAAAACAUGGACAGGCUAGAACUGCUACUGUUGGUGUGCAUUCUGUGGAGAAAAUUGUUAAGAUAUCAGAGGAUGUUAUCGCUGUAGCUACGGAUGAUUGUGUGAUAAGUGCUGUCAACAUCCUGCCAAAUCGUCUGUUAGGCUGUGUUGGCUGUCAUACAGAUACAUCGGAGAGUUGUUCCACUGGAGCAGAUUGUAUCACUCUGUCAAUUUGUCCACCUAUAAAUACACUUGCAUCAGCUUGUCCAGCCAAUUCAUCAGUGAAAUUUUGGAAUACCACGAAGUGGAUUGAACGCGGGGAAUGUGAGACAGCUGAUCUUAAACUACCUAAGCAUAAAAGGCAACUACAAAGUUCUAAACUUAAAGGAGUGAAAUCACGUCGUCUGUGUUUGACCGAUACACAAGAACGUAUGGAAUAUUUGGAGGGUUUAUUACCGCCAAAAACAGAAUGGAAUGCAUCAUCAGCUAAUGGUGGUGAUUCUGAUUCUUCUUCUUCUUCUGAAGUCGAUGACUCCUCUGACUCUUCCUCCUCCACCUCCUCCUGAGAUUGUAUAACUAACACCUAGUCAGUCAUUCAUUGACAAGGAACUUGACAACUUUUCUACUCAAUUUGUGUCUAAUUUUAAUUAUUUUCUAUUAUUUUCUGUAUAAAGUGAGCAAUUUUGUCAACUAGUG